CCCUAGCCACCAUGAACGGCGAAGAGCCACCACUGAAGAAAACAAAACUACCAAACAAACAAACCUCAAAUCCUUCACUUCCAGAAGAUUUGCUACUGAGCAUCUUAGCCCGUGUCUCGAGAUUGUAUUAUCCAACUCUCUCCUUAGUCUCCAAGCACUUCCGCUCGCUCCUUACUUCAUCAGAGCUUUACCGAACCCGAUCACUAUUAGGUUGCACCGAGAAUUUUCUCUAUGUAUGCUUACGCUUGUCUCGUACUGACCACACCCCUCGCUGGUACAUGCUACGUCCUAGACCUAAUCCUAUCCUAACCAAUAGGAAGAAGAAGAAUAAGUCAAGUGGGUAUGUUUUGUCAACAAUCCCAUUUACUCAUUAUCCUCGUGGAAAGAGCUCGGCUCUUGUGACGGUUGGUUCUAAAAUCUACAACAUUGGUGGAGUCAUCAACGGUUCAGCCUCGUCUACUGUCUCAAUCCUAGACUGCUGGUCUCACACGUGGCUCCAAGCUCCUAGCAUGCAGAUGGAACGGGAUAGCCCAUCAGCUAAUUUCCUUGAUGGAAAAAUAUAUGUAACAGGAUUUUGUUAUAGAAAAUACGAUCCAUCGAACUGGAUGGAGGUUUUCGAUCUAAAAACCGAAACUUGGGAGCCUGUGUUGAGUCGUGCAGGUAGGUUAACGAUAUAUAGAUGUCAUGAUCACACUUACAAUGUAGUGGUUGAUGAAAAGGUAUAUAUUAUUGGGGAUAAGGGUGUGGCUUACAACCCCAAGGAUGGUACAUGGAAUAGUUUAGGACCGGAGAUGGAUUUGCGUUUGAAUGGACUUUCAGCUUGUGUUAUAGAAAACGUGCUUUACUAUUAUUCUAACGAAGAAACUAUCCAAUGGUAUGACACUAAGGCAAGAUCCUGGAGGGUCGUGAAUGGUCUGAAAAAGCUACCUAAGUUUGCUCGUUUUGCCAAUGUAAGGUUGGCGGAUUACGGUGGGAAGAUGGCGCUUUUUUGGGACAAGUUUGUGGCUUCUGGUGGUGGUGGUGGAUAUGAGAAUAGGAUGAUUUGGUGUGCGAUGAUUGCUCUUGAAAGAAGUAAUAGUGUAGAGAUUUGGGGGCAGGUCGAGUGGUUUGGUGCAGUGCUUAAAAAUCCAAUUCCGGUGGAAUAUGGCUUUGAGUAUGUUGCUGCAGUCAACGUUUGAUGAAUGGCAUAAGAGAAAUAGUUGAGUGAGGUGAAUCUUUAGUGUGUGAUUCGUGUGGAUCUUGUAUCAUGUUGUUGGAUGAUUGUCUCUCAUGUAUUAUGUUAAUUGUCUAUUGCAAAUACAUCAGUUUCAUUUGUAAUGCCUUUUUUUUUUGUGUGUGUUUGAUUGUACUCCAUUUUGGUUUUGAUUAAAGAAUGUUUGGUCAUUCAGUCUUAGCA